CGUAGCAAGCAACGGAUGCAACUGGUUUAACGUUCUCUAUUUUCCUCUGUCGUGUAUUUGACGUUUCUUUACCUUUUUGUUUAACUUUUCUUUUCAAAUUUCACGUCGGUUUCGUCGCUUUACGAUCCGAGUCGUGUAUCCUUGGCAACGCGAACAACUAUCCUGCGAAGUUUGGACCUGGUGUCGUACCUUCAGCCAGGAAAUAAACUGGAUAUUUACCCGCUAAACUAACGGAACUGACUGCGAUGUUCUUAUGCUCGUCUGUGGAAGUAUUUUGAGUAUUUUUUUCGGAUUUAACUUUGUUUUUAUAUCAGAUCCAGUGUUUAGGGAAACGGGACAGCGCGAGACAAUAGUAGAGUGCUCGUGCGGUGGGGGAUCGAUGCCUAGCGGGGGCUUUGUUCUGUGCUGUGUGGAGACCCACCGAGAGCCUGCCGGUGAUAACGACUGCGUGACCGGCGGAUUGAUGAUUGGUUGGUGAUUUAUAGUCGGACUCGGAAGCCGUUGGAUCAAACAUGGAUGUGACUCUGUCCGAGUUACUGGCCACUUUUAUGGAGUCCCCGCUGGUGUUGUGGGUGCGGACGCUGGGUCCCUUGGGUUCGUGUGAUGAUGCAGGCUCAGAGGAGCGGGUCAACAUGUUCAUGGAGCUGGUGGACGGCGUCUUCCUUCACAAGAUCAUGACACACAUUGACCCCAGUCCAACCAAUCAGAGGCUGAAUAAAAAUGUGAACAAUGAUGUGUCCGUUCGCCUUCACAACCUUACCGUUCUCACCAGACACAUCAGGACAUACUACCAGGAGACCUUACAGCAGUUAAUAGUCAUGCCUCUUCCCAACAUCCUCUGCAUCGCCAAAGACCCAAUAUCAGCUAAGAGCAUGGAAGAUCUGAAAAGACUUCUGUUGCUAAUACUAGGCUGUGCUGUCCAGUGUGAGCGUAAAGAGGAGAUGAUAGAGAAGAUCAAGCUGCUGGACAUUGAGACCCAGGCUGCCAUCGUCUCUCACAUCCAGGAGGUGACUCAUAACCAGCUGAAUGUUCUUGACCUGUCCUGGCUGCAGGAGGGAUCAGAGCUCGCACAUGAAGAACUGGAACCUUUGUCCCGCAACAUGGCUGUGUCGCUACGGCACCUGAUUCAGCAGAGAGAUAAAGCCAGUGAGAUGAUUGUGGAUCUGACCCAGGAGAGGGACUACCUAUCCAGUCAACAGCCUCAGGAAGAGUGCAGGACCCUGGGCAUGAACAGCCCAAAACAUGGACAGAGUUGUGAAGGUGUGGGAGUGAAUAAUGGUGGAUCAGCUGUGGCUGUGUCUGGGUUGACCAAAGAAGAGAAGCAGCAUCUGUCUGUAGAACUCGCUGAUGCCAAGGCCAAGCUCCGCAGAUACAGACAAGAACUGGAGGAGAAGACGGAGCAGUUGAUGGAUUCAAAACAUGAAGUAGAGCGUCUGGAUCAGGAGUCUCAGAGACUGAAACAGGAGAACCAGCUGCUGUCUUAUGAGGCUCGAUCGGUCAGAGUGUACCGGGACGAGGUAGACUCACUGAGGGAACGAGCGGCCCGGGUGGACCGACUGGAGACUGAACUGAACAGAUGUAAAGAGAAACUCAAUGAUGUUCACUUCUACAAGACCAGAGUUGAGGAACUUCGCGAGGACAACUUGACUCUGAUGGAGACAAAGGUGCUGCUGGAGGAGCAGCUGUCGACUUCCAGGGGGCGCUGUGAUAAAUUGCACACACUGGAAAAAGACAACCUGUUACUUCGAGCUAAAAUACAUGACCUGGAAAUGGAGAGGGACACUGAACGUCGAAGGUUGGAGGAGCUGGUGGAGGAGAACAUGCUGCUGGAGAUUGGACAGAAACAGAGUAUGAAUGAGUCUGCUCAUCUAGGCUGGGAGCUUGAACAGCUGACCAAAAACCAUGACAACACUAACACAGAGACUCGCAAAUCGUUGGUGCAUGAGCUGAACGAGUGUGUUUCCAGCCGGGUGUUGAAGCUGGAGAAGGAGAACCGGGAGCUUCAGGCUUCUAUAGAGAGACUGAAAGAGGAGAACCAUCUCCUGCAGGAGCAACAGCUCAACACCCAGCAGCUGGACAGGGAGAACCAAAGCCUCAGCAAGAAAUUGGAGCAUCUGCAGGGUUUAUUGGAUCAGGAGAGACUGACCAAUCAGGAUAUGGAGUCUUUGGGAGAGGAAAUAUUGAAGGAAAAGCAGAGUAUGGAGAGAGAAAUGCACACCCUGAGGGCUGAGAGAGACAGACAGAUCUCAGAGUUGAAGAGUGAGAAGCAGCACCUUUCUGAUGUGGUGGCGUCCCUUCAGGAGCGUGCUCAGUCUAACAAUGAGGCAAGGGUCCGCGAGGUGGAAACUGAAAACCGCCUGCUGCACCAGAACAUCACUGACACCAGCUCCCGAUUGGCCAGUUUAGAAACCCAACUCAAAUUAGCCAAUGAUGAGGCAGAGAGGCUGAGGGAGAGGGCGGGGCGGUGUGAAGAGGUGGAGAGAGAGGCGACAAGGCUGGAGAGAAGCAGGGAUGCUUUGAGCAGAGAGGUGGCCUCCCUACACGCAUGCAGGGAGCGGUCAGAGGCUCUAGAGGAGCAGAUGUCCUCCCUGGUGCAAGAAAUGCACAAGUUGAAGAGGGAGGCAGAGGAGGCCCAGCGGGAGCUGCAGAGACUGGGGAGGCACGAGGCAGAGAGCAGCCGGUUGUCAAAGGAGAAUCUGGACCUGCGCUGCUCCUUGGAAAACUUGCGCUCCUCAUCCGCCUGUCUGACCACCCUACAGGAAGAGCAUAAAGAGGCACAGAGAGAAAGACAGGAGCUGCAGAGAAGGCUGGAGGAGGCCAGAGAGGAGGCACAAGGAGAGAGGAAGAGGGUAGAGAGGCUUGAGCUGAACGUGGCCACUCUUAACCAGGAGAAGCAUCACUUAGAGGAGGAAAUACAGAGGAGCAAAGACGAGAGGCAAGAGGUAGAGAGAGACAGACGAGAGAUGCAGACUAGAGAAGAGGAAAUGAGAAGAGAAGUAGAAGAGCUGAAAGAGGAGCGAAGAAGGAGGGAGAAAACUGACAAGGAGAGGAUGAAGCUCCAAUUGGACCUGGAGCAGUCAGAGAAGGGCAGGAAGUACUUAGAAAAGGAGAGCUGGAGGAUUAGGACACAGCUGGAGGGUAAAGAGAUGGAGCUGGAGGAGAAAGGCAGGCGAUUGGCUACAGUGGAGAAAGAGGGCACGGCUCUGAGUAAGGAAGUGGAUAAGCUGAAGGAGGUAGCAGUCAAAGCCAAGGAGUUGGAAAGGGAGAAUAAGGAGCUCCAGAAACAGGCGACUAUUGAUAAAAGGACUCUGGCUACUCUGAGAGAGGAGUUGGUGUCAGAGAAGCUGAGUGUUCAGCAACAAAGUGUUCAGUUAGAGAGGCUCAAUCAAGAACUGGAGAAGAUUGGACUGAACAGAGAAAACCUCCUGCUGCAGGAGCACACUCUGGAGGACAGCAGGUACAGGCUGCUGGAGUCUCGACUGGAGGAAACUGUUCAACAGACAAUGAAGAUUAAAGAGGAGAAAAUCUCCUGUCUAGAAAAGAAAGUAGAAGAGAGCAGCACACUCAACGCUGCACUACGUGCUGAAUUAGCUACCGCCCGACAGACAGUGUCUGCCCUACAUCAGCAACAGGAGGAGGAAGAAAACCACAACUCCCAGCAGCGCUCAGGGAGCAACUGGGGUCAUGGGUCAGCUACUGCUGAACUGCUACGAAUCAAAGACCAUCUUAUUGAUGUAGAAAAGAAUAAUGCCUCCCUGGAAACAGAGAGCAGUCUAUUGAAGGAGCAGCUCAAGCUGCUAGAGAACCAGAACACAUCUCUAAACAACCAGAUGGUGGCACUGCAGCGACACACCACGACCCUGCAGGAACAGAACUCAGCUUUGCACACACAGACAGCAAAACUACAGGUGGAGAACUCCACUCUCUCCUCCCAGAGUGCAUCUCUAAUGGCACAGAAUGCUGUACUGCAGGGCCAAGUCACUGCCCUGGAGACAGAGGUAGAAUCGUGGCAGCGACAGCGUGAGGAAGCGUGGCGUGGCAGAGAAAGUGUACUCAGCGACCAUGAACGCCUGCUGGGCGUUCAUGAGAGGCAAGCGCAUGAAUACGAGCAGCUCAUCAGUCAGCACACUACACUGAAAGGCAAACAGAGGGCGCUAGAGAGUGAACACAGGACACUGCAGAGCAAGUAUUGUAUUUUGGUGCAGCAGAAGGAGAAAUGGGAGGAGCAUGAGGGGCGUGGUCAGAAAGAGAGGGAGGAACUAAACCAGCACAUCCAUAAGAAUCGGCUACUACAGCAAGAGAAUCUGCAGCUGAAAACAGAAGUGGACAGAUUGACAGAGAGCCAAUCACAACAGUCAGAGCAAAGUGACGGGCUCCAGCAGCGCAUGAAUGAACUCAAGAGCUCGUUAAGCUCCACCCAGCUGGAAGUGAGUCGAUGGAUGGCACGAUAUGAUACGCUUAUGGAGCAACACCAGGGCCUGGACCUAACCAUGACCAAAUUAGACAACCACUGUGAGCUGUUGAGUCGACUCAAAGGGAAUCUGGAAGAGGAAAACCACCACCUCCUGAGUCAGGUCAACCUGCUGAGUCAGCAGAACCACACUCUGCUGGAGAGGAGCAUGGAGAGCAAAGAGCUCUAUCACCAGGAACAGAAACUAUACAUUGAUAAGCUGAACGCUCUUCGUCGUCACAAAGAGAAACUAGAGGAGAAGAUCAUGGACCAGUACAAGUUCUACGACCCCACACCCAAAAAGAGGAGCCAGUGGUCUGGAGCUAAAGCGUUAGCCAAGCUGAUUAAACCCCGAAAGGAGAACAACAGGGAGAGAGGGGGUGACCAAGACAAGGAAGGAGGCAAAGAGAGAGAACGAGCAAAGAGUGCCCCAGACAUCCCACUACCUGCCCCACCUCCCCUCCUCCCCCCUGAAAUUCCACACCCACUUUCCCAGCGGAUGGCAAGUGACACGCACGACAGCGGCCAUGCCCACAGCAAUCACAAUAACCACACCAGCAGCCCCAGCUUGGGACCCCAGAGUCCAGCACUCACGCCCAUCAGUCAAGGUUUGACUGACAGGAGCCGGGGUGUUUAUCAUAGCACUCCAGGAGGCAGCAGUGAGAGUAUCAAUGGAGAAGAUGGGCAAGGUCAGACCCUUAAAGCACCCAGUUUCACUCCCAGCCAUCAGGCAUCCUCACUGGGCCUUAACAACAACUCCAGCUCCAGACUGGGACAAGGCCCCAGCCGCCGGACCAGAGGCCUAUUAUUUGAUGAAGAGUCUCACCACAAUGCCUCCGACUCCAUGUUUGCUCACAAUGGGCUCACUGGAGUCCGCCCGGGGUCGGCAGACUUCAGCCACAACACCUCCGCCUCCAACUCACCUGUCAACUGCAGAGAUCGUCAGGCUCGCUCAGCCAGCCUCUCUAGUGAUGAUGUCAUGGGGCUCAGCCAGUCACAGCAGACUUUGUCACGUAGUUCCACCCUUCCAUACGAUCACACACCCCAGAGGGCCCAACCGCAGCGUGGAGUUGGGGUUAGGAUUAAGACCCGCCCGUCUUCUCCUGGAAGUGAGAUGGUGACGCUGGAGGAGUUUCUGCAAGAGAGCAACGUACAGUCACCUCCGAUGGUGUCUACAGGAAGCAGGGAGGACUUGAUGGCAGACUAUUUCACCAGAAGCCCCCCCCCCUCUGCGCCACUUGGCAAAGACCAGGCGACUCCGACCAGCUAUGUCACUCCCACUGUACAGUCAUCCAACCAGAGGCCGGGUCAGAGCGUCAAGCCCUCGCCCCGCAAGCCUGUAGGCCAAUCCCCCGCCUCAGGCCAGCCCAUCACCCAGAGAACUGGCCAGUCACUGAGCAGGGCUUUCAGCCUGGCCUCAGCUGAUUUGCUCCGGGCCAACGGACCUGACAGUUUCUGUGGAAAAGAAGGCCAGUCAGAUGUCGUCGUUCGUAGACAAGGGGGAGAGGCUAACGGGAGAGAACGGCCUCUCUCCGCUCGCCUGGCUGGUCCGAAUGAUCAGCAUGGAGAUGGCAGCUUCCUAAACCCGCCUAUUCACCAUUCAUCUUCUCUCCACCUGCAAACAGAGAGAUAUGCAGAGAGAGAAAGAGAAAGAGGGAGGACUGCCGCCUCUCGAAACGGCCCCUCCUCAUCCUCCCCCUACCACCACCGUGGAGAGGUUGCCAUGGUAACCCCUGUCAGGCCUGUGCCCGCCACACGGCCGGACGAAGCCUCUGAGCAUGGGGAGGUGUUAAGGGAGGGGUGGUCAGGUGACUCCUCCCACUUAAAGAAAGAAAGUGAGAGAGUGAGGUGUGGAUCUGUCGAUUGCCCAAAAAGUACACCGGCCUCCCCUGACCCCAACAAUGACCCCCAGACUGUGUGGUAUGAGUAUGGCUGUGUGUAAAUACUGCAACUGGAGCUUUAUGCGCUGCGUCCAAAGCCUCAGACACAAGUAGCCAGUCUCUGGACUGUGCUCUUUGUAUUUUGGAUAAAUAAGUUUUUAGAACAAAUACAAACUGGCAAACAUCUCUGCUUAAAGGAUUCAGUUUGUAUUUUCUGGGACAAACUUUUUGAGAUGGACAAACAAACUUGAUUCCAGACGCCGCCUCCCAAUAGGAACUGAGGAGCUCACAGGGAUUUCAACAACUGUGUAUACAAGCAAUCACGUUUCAGUCGGUCACACCUCAGCUACUGAAGUCCGUUUCCUCUCACCAUUUAUUAUCACAGAUUAACACAGAUUUGAGCUCAAUCAUUGAUGGUCUUUUGAAGGACUUCAUUUGAAUAUCACAACACUAUUGGUCUCUGAGAAUGCUAGAAGUCAAUGGCCUCUGCUGUUUUAUAUUAUCACUGUGUUUACUGUGAUUCAGGAAACAGUCUGAGCCCAUUGAAGGUUUUUGUCCUGGGGCAAAGGAGCCACCAAAAAAACCCUAUUAUUUUAAAUGCUGUUGCUAUUACUGGCUGUUUGAAAAAAUAAUUGUGCAUGUUUUGACCAGAACAGAGGAUGUACUAACUGCAUAGAAUACUAAGGGCUCAGUCUAUGAGCUGGAACUCGCCUGCUGACUGACACACUGUCAGGCCCUGCUAAUCUAAACCUGGAUGCCACCAAUUCUGCAAAGCUGUCACUGAGAGGGGUGAUUGAACUAAAAGUGACUGGAAGCACCAAAGCAACUGAAUGUAUUCGAGGUCUUCUCCUUUUUCUGUCCUCCUGUCCUCUGUUUACCAGAACAAACACAGGCAAAGACGAGAGAGGAGGGAAGGGCACAGAAAACGUGAAGGAGAAAGGGGUAUAGUGGAUCAGAAUAGCUGGAGGGAUGAGAGAGACUGGUGGACAGAUGGAGAGACAGAUAUAGUGACGGGAGGACAAAUAGAUAAACAGGACAGAGAUGGAGGGACUCCUCCCAGUUAAAUUACAGUCUUUCUCCCUCCAUCUUUAGAUUCUGUCCCAGCAUGCAACACUCUGACACUUUACUGGAAAUGGGGCUUGGCUCGAGCCAACGCUAGUUUCACAAACACACAGACAUACACACACAUCUAUAUAAUGAUAUAUACAGACACAGAGGCAUUGUCCUUGAGGGGGCUGGUUGUGGCUUUGCUAACCAUUGAGCACACACACACACACACACACAACUGGGUUAACCACUGUGUUUUGGUAGGGUGUACUGCUGCACGCUAAGUUAGCCAGACAGUUGUAAGCACUGCACAGGGAGAGAGAGAGAGAGAGACUCAAGUUGAAUUCAAACCCAGUGUGAUCAGAAUAGUUAACAGUUUGCAUGUAAUGAAUUAGGCUUGGCAAAAGUUAUGAGCUUUAUGACUGAAUAAAUACACCAGUAGUUUGUUGAGUUCUCUCCUAAGUUAGUGUGCAAAGUCCGUGCUAAAAGACAUGUUGAAACUAGUUAGUUUGAUACUAAAACAUUCAAUGUUUGGUUGCACCACGCAGACGUAAGGUUCAUUUUAAUUUCUCUGGCGUAAAAUCCAAACUAACCAAAAUAUUGUUGCAGAAAAUUACAUUUGUACUUCCUGUUGCCAGUCAGUGAAAAGCACUGUUCUAAAUGCAGUGUUUAUUAUCAUGUGUCUGUCUCUCUUGACCAAUCGUAUUUGAACAGUUGCUUCAUAAUAGUGAAUAGAAUAACUUAAAAAAAUAAAAAGAUCUAAUGUAAUCACCAAACAAAAACGAAAAGGUAGGUAACAAAGCAUCGCGAUUAGGCCAUAACUACACAGCCUUAAUCUACAGCUAAUGCAUAGUAACAACAGUGGCAUCAAGUGGUGAAAUCAUCAAUUACAACAUAGGGUAGUAUAACGGUACCCUAUUAUUGGGCAAAUGAAAUUGUAACACUUUAACAAAACACAAAUAGUCACAAAAGUCUACACUGGCAAACUGUUAUAAACUAGUAGUUUUUAAUGAGAAAGUUAUUGUACCCAUUAUAUUUGUUUGCCAACACUAUAACAUCAGUAUGCAAUGUCAAAUGUAAUCAAGUCGCCAUCUUUGGUAGCCCUAUAACAUAGUGCAGUGCUAUGUUGGUGUUACGCUGUGUGCUGAUAAAGGAGCAGGACACGUCACAAAACAAUUAGUAUCAUUUGCUGCUUGUCAUCCUUCAAGUUAGCCGGCCAUUCAAAACAAUGCUCAAUGCCAACCCCUAUUUAAGGGAGGACUUUACAUCUACUAAGGGCUAGGUGUAAAGUUUAAGUUGUAACUUAUGUCUACAUUGGAAUUAUUUCAGCUGGUGCAACCUUUACAAUGUUAGUAGCACGGAACGCCGUCCUGAAUUUGAUAUUAUGUUUAAACUAGGCCACGUUUGAACUUGUACAACUGGUGCAACUUAAUGUAGGUGUUUGCUAGAUCACUUUCCUGGCAAACAGACCCAUUAUGUAGUAAGACUAAGUAAUCCAAGUGUCUCUGGUGAAUUUCUGACUGUGGUGCACCAGGCUAACAUUUUACUCUGGCACAUGCUGUAUUGGGUAACAUGGCAACUUAAGCUUCUUUCAGAAAUGCACAGCAUUGUGUAAAUGUGAUGGCAUUUUAAUGUUGAUAUCAUGUCUGAAUAAGCACACUUUUACAUAGACGUCACAACUAGGGAUUAUAUUUUCAUGCUACAAUUAUUGUGAGAAAAGAAUGUCCCAGCAAACAGUAUCAUGUUAAUCAUCAAAGUGUCCUGGAAUACUAUUCGUGCUAAGAUGACUUUACAUCAUGAUUACCUUGUAUUUUAUUCAGUGAGGUUGGACAUAGUGACGUUUUGGUUACAUUUCCAACACGGCUCACUGAAUUGAACGCCAUCACUAUUGUUUGUAAUGCAAACCUUUACUUACUGCAUUAUAAAUGACUGACAGCUAAAGGCAUCCCUAAAAGCACUAGAAACACUAGAAUAAUGAUGAGGAGGAGGAAGAUGUAACACUGGACAUGUGAAAAUGAAGAUUUGACUGGAAUCCAUCCACUCGCCUUUUGAAAAAACAUCAAUAUGCAAUGAGCUAAAUUAUUCUACCUGUAACAUUUGUGCAUGUCAUUAGAUUUUGUAAACUGGUCAAAUAUUUAAGACUUUUAUUUUGAAAAUGUUUGUUGAUUCCAAAAUCCCCAAUCCAGAUCAAUUCCUGUAAACUGGUAAAAAACAACAACUGUGAUUCCACUGUAAAACUUAAAUAUUUGUAGAUUGUUUUUAAAUAGUUAAAAAAUAAUAGUAGCAAGAUCAUGGCAGCAGAUGAAGCGACAUGACGUGAAGCACUGUAGGUUGAUGCUGUCAGUAGUGUUGCAGCCUGCCUGUUUACCUGUGAGAAGAAAUUUAUAUUAGAUUCCCAGAAGCAAUUUUUAUUUUAUUGCGACACCAUCACACACUCUUGUGUGCGUGUCUCACAUUAUUACUAUGCCAUUGGCUUUCUGUGUGUGCACGCUUGUGUCUGUCUGCUUUGUUGACUGCCUGUCUGUCAAUCUGUUGACCUGGCCCGUUAUUUGCAUCCUAAUAAAAACUGUUAGGGGAGAUUGUCUCUCUUGGUCAACUCACCUGCUCAAUGUUGAGAGAAACCUCACCAAAAUCAUCAGCAUGACUGAUGCUUCAGGCUCAGUGGACCAACAGGCCAAUUUCCCUAAAUCUUGCUGUCGUCUGUCUGUGGGUUUCAGCCCCAUUGUGCAACAUACUGAAUAAAAGGAUGACGACAAAGGACAGCAGACAGCUGCAGUAUAACGCAGUGUCAUAUGAAAGAGAGAAGUGAAAGCAGUAGUUAAAGUGGAUCUGACGUCACUGAUAGUUCCUGCUGUAACUGGAAUAACUGCUACUAUAGUUCACCUUAUGACUUGCUGAAUGCUAUGCUGUGAUGUGACUACUGUUAAAAGGCGACUAGUGUGAUUAAAUAGAAAAUGAGGUUGAUGUUAUUACAUCCAAAAGCUUUUUGGUAAUAAAGAUUUAUAAACUUGA